CUUCUGCUAACCUUUCUCCUUCCUCUUCUCCCUCUCUUUGCCUUCAUUAUCCUCCCCGGGACAUCCUCCUGUGGCAGAGCCACCGCCUCCUCGUCCGUGGCUUCCCCCGCGCUGGAUCGUGGGGCGGUGCUGGGGCCCAGCUCCCAGGUGGUCCCCCCCACUCGGUCCCCGCCCGGGCAGACCCCGCCCCCGGCCGCGGGCUAUUUUGGGCGCGUUGGCUGCCGCUGCGGGAUCGCUGACAGUCGCGGAUCCUGUGACACCUCCCGGCAGCCCCGCACUUGUUGCUCCCAGGACCUGUUGUCAUCCCUUAGCCUGCCUUUCCCCUUAGCCCCCUGCCCCCUCCUGGAUUCAGCCCUUCUCAUGUGAUCACCUGGGACACAGAUCUCUAAACACCGACUGCCUCAGCUAGGGAAAUAGAUGGUUUAAAAAAAAAAAAAAUUAAACACCGCCCUGAAGAGAGGCCCCGCUGGGCAGGAGCAGGAGCGCGGAGCUUUGGCCUCGGAGCUGCAGAGGUGGCGCCUCUCCGGCUCGGGACGGUGGCCCCGGGCGCCGACGGCAUGACAGACUCGGCGACAGCUAACGGGGACGACAGGCACCCCGAGAUAGAGCUCUUUGUGAAGGCUGGAAUCGAUGGGGAAAGCAUUGGCAACUGUCCUUUCUCUCAACGUCUCUUUAUGAUCCUCUGGCUGAAAGGAGUUGUGUUCAAUGUCACCACGGUGGAUCUGAAAAGAAAGCCAGCUGACCUGCACAACCUGGCCCCUGGAACCCAUCCGCCCUUCCUGACCUUCAAUGGGGACGUGAAGACAGAUGUCAAUAAGAUCGAGGAGUUCCUGGAGGAGACCUUGACCCCUGAAAAGUACCCCAAACUGGCUGCGAAACACCGGGAGUCCAAUACAGCAGGCAUUGACAUCUUCUCCAAGUUCUCUGCCUACAUCAAAAACACCAAGCAGCAAAAUAAUGCUGCCCUUGAGAGAGGCCUGACCAAGGCACUGAAGAAACUGGAUGACUACCUGAACACCCCUCUGCCAGAGGAGAUUGACACCAACACCCGUGGAGACGAUGACAAGGGGUCCCAGCGUAAGUUCCUGGAUGGGGAUGAGCUGACCCUGGCUGACUGCAAUCUCUUGCCCAAGCUCCAUGUGGUCAAGAUUGUGGCCAAGAAAUACCGCAACUACGAUCUCCCAGCCGAGAUGACAGGCCUGUGGCGGUACCUCAAGAACGCCUACGCACGGGAUGAGUUCACCAACACCUGUGCGGCCGACAGCGAGAUCGAGCUGGCUUACGCCGACGUCGCCAAGCGCCUCAGCAGGUCCUGAGCACUGCAAUGCCUGUCCCUGGUGCACAAGGCCCCCCUCUCCCCAAGGACUCCACUCUACAGACUCCUCUUCCUCAAUGCCUCGGGAAACUUUUUUUUUUGUAAUCAGGUCACAUCUUGUUGGCAUCACCGGAACUCCCUCCUGAGAUCAUCUUUUAAGGUCAGCGCCAUCCCCUGCCUAAUUACGCAGGAAUCUGGCAAGCAUAGAGGACAGAAGCAGAUCACCUCUCUGCCUGCUGGCCUGAUCUGGGACGGGUAUAUUGGGGUCAGUUUGAAGAACCCACCUGCCUGAUGGUGACUGGUCCCUUCUGCCAAUAUCAAAAUAUCACUCAGAUGCUUUAGAAACACACACCACCAGCUCCUUAUCUUCCCUCCUCUUUGUCAGUAACUGCAAGGCCGAGGACAAAUGCCAUUUGAGUUGUUAUUUGAGAUCCAUGCCUUGGUAGGGAAACACAGGGACUGGGGGAGAAGGGAGCUGGCCAGGGAUUUGGACAUCUGGCAAACACACCUCCAGUAGCUCACUGCUUCGGACACCGCUGUCCUUGGGCACUGAAGGCCAGAUUGCAAAGUCACUUCAGACACAUUCUCAAUUCACUGCAGUGCCAAGGAUACUGCAGUGCUGUUGUGUGCCUGGCUGAUGCUGACCCCAGGUUUUUGUGCUGUUUGGCUCUCCAGGAAGGAACGUGGCGUGCAGUUCUGAACCAGGGUGAGUGGGAUGGGGAGGGGAGGAGGACUAGUGUUGAUGCCAAAGGGCCCACAGGGUCUACCAGCCACGGGGUUUGCUAGCUUAGGAGUGAGUGUUUCAUGGGCAAUUUCAUGCCUAGGUUUGACUGUGCUUAUCAGUGAGUGGCUUGUGGUCCGUGAGAAAGCAGACAGGAGGAGGGAGGGGGAUGGGUGAAGGUAAAGGAGCUCAUUCUGAGGCUUGAUGUUCCCUGGUAAACAUGGUCUUUUCUCCCAUGAUCUAAGUCUUGGACUCAUGAUAUCAUGUAACUCCCAACCUUAUGGCAAAAACCCACAAAUUGGCCAAAAAUAUUUUCCCAGUUUCUCCAAGUUGCACCUGGAUGCAGGUGUGUUGAGUGGGUGCCGUCAGGCAGCUGCUCCUGGCCAAUUUGGCUGCAGCCUCUGUUGGAUGAGAACUGUGCUCAGGAAGCAGCACAAUGGUGGAACACCUUAGGGAGACCUUCCAUGGGCCUUUCUGACUGGGAAAGCCAUGUGGUUUGAACUUGAAGAAAAAAAUGUACCCAUCUGGGCUAACUUUACUACCAUCCAUCAGACUCGGCUGCCAGAUGAAAUGAAGGCAAUCAUGUUCUAGCUACUAUUUCCCUCCUUAGUCAUUGUUUCCUCAAGUUUCGCCGCCUUAAGUGCUUACCCUGCCUGAGCCUGGGGACCUGUGCGGAGGAAAACUAAGAAAAAUGAACCAAUCAUCAACUCCCUGGUCCAAUGACUGCGCCAUGAGGAAAUCCAUCAGCCUCUGGCCCUGGCCUUCCACAAUCCUUCCUUCCUCGUCGCUUUUUGUGGAGGGCGAGGCUCCCAAGUGCCGGAAAGCCCCUGGACUUGGCUCAUUUCUCAGCGAGGACAGGAAAGCACGAUCCUGUCCUUGGAAACAUCAACAAAUCCUAACCCAAGCAAUCACUGGACCCACCUGCCUCCAGGGAGCUCCAAAGAAAAAGACUGACCCAUUGAUGAAACCAGGGGAGGAAGCAAGAGGGCUUUCCCGACUAGCCAACUGAGAAGACCAGGUUUCUCAGGAGGACAAUUUACAAGCCUCAGAGAGCUUUGAAAAGGCAGAAUGAGUUGAUUCAUUUCCACCCUAAAGGAAGCUUUCCACAGUCUCUCUGGAAACUGCCCCUGGAGAUGUUUAAAAUGGAGAACGGGUGAGGAAACAGCCCCUUUUCUGUGAGUAGAGGCCCCAGACUGGCCUUCUGGGGGCCUGAGAGCUGGAAGGAUCCAGGUCUCAUGGUUAGUGUGAAAUCUCGCUGUUCUUGGGAAACUUCUUGAUUUUACAGCACUGUGAGAAGAAGGAGGCGGUUCACUGUCCUGUGCCCAGGUGGCUCCACUGCAAAGUCACCGCAAAGUCACACAGAGGCACCCAGGGGGAGCAGCUGCUCAGCCCAAGGGAGACCACAGAAUGCUAAGGAGGCUGAUGUGAUAUCAGAAUCCAGCAAUUGUCAAGUUUUCAAAAACAAACAGGCCAAACCAAGUCAAUAUUGUUCUUUCUAGAUGUUCUUUCUGUGCUUGAGUUAAUUUUACAUAAAUAGCAAUAUUUAGGCCCUGUGGGGGUACUAUGUGAUAAAUUAUAACCAUUUUAAAGAGGGGCAGGAGUUAGAGAAGGCAGGCUGUUUUGGGUACUUAAUUCAAAAAUACCUUUUUAUUUCAGCAGUAGAUCAUCAUAUAACACAACUGACUAUUGGCUUAGAGUUAUGUAUAUAAAAAUAACAAUAAUAUUAAUAGUACUACCUUCUAAUUCCUUUUUUUCCAAAAGAUAUUUUUCUUCAGUUCCUCCAGACUCUCUGGGCUUUAGCCUUAACCUUGUCACAUGCACAGUGCACCGUCUCUCAGCUACAGUGUGGUGAGGUCAGGAACCACCUUGAGGAGAACUGAAAGCUCACGUCUGGACUCUGAACUCCAGAGAUUUUGGAAAGGAGAUGGUCCUUAUAAUUGGCCCUGAAUGAAUAUCAGGACCUUGGAAUACAUUUCAUUGACACAGAAAUGGGAUUUAUUUGUGUUGAGAUCCUGUUUUAUUUUGUAUUCAUUUGUCUCUUUUGACUUUGACAUCCCAAUUUUUUUGUGGGGUAGAUUAAUAAGAGGCAGAAGCAGAAAACUAGAGUCACACUCCAGUCAUCCCUUACUCAGUUAUGGAGUUGAAUUGACCCACCUCUUCAGGACUUCCUCUUAGGUUAGUUGGCCCAGAGAGAAGGGAUUGGAUACAUUUUAAUAACUGUGCAAGAUUAGCUGGAUAAGUAACAUAUUGAUUGGUCCAGAGCAUAGUUCCUUUGUCUCCUGACAAAGGAAGACAAGUGUCUGACAAAUCCACAGCCACAGUCAUGGGUGUAACUCUCCUUUUAGGCAAGGGGUCUGGGAGCCACCUGGCAACCAAGGAAAUGAGUUGAGAAGUGGGAAACUCAAGCACUGUCCUCAGUGUUCCCUCCUCCUGCUGUCAGGUCCCUGGUAGGAUCUUGAUCUUCACAUAAGAAAAGCCACCAGCCAGGUGGGUGGUGCAUGCCUUAGCUCCACCUGCCCAAGAGGCCGAGGCAGGAGGAUCAUGACUUUGAGGUCAGCCUGGGCAACUUAGUGAGAUCCUGUCUCAAGAACAUUUUGAAAAGAGCACACCAGAAGUGAGAUUUCCUGGGCCAUAUUUCCUGGCAUUUAUCACAUAAAGCCACAGAAACUUUUCACAGUCCUGUGCCUGGUGGUGGCUGCUCUGUGGAUGGACAGUACUAAGGGUUUUAGGAUCAUCAUGAGAUGGAGCACAUCUAGAAGAGAGAAAGCCUGACCAUUUAAGAGGCCCAAGAAUCAACAAGGCCUAGACAAAUAGCAUGAAGGAGAAGACAGGCAGGAAGGGCAGGUGUGUCUAGUAAGAAUCUACCAUCACUAUGAAAAUCUGCAUCUAAUAUUAAAUGGGUCUAGAAGCAGCAGGUGUCCAGCAGGUGCCUCUGUGGUUUGCCUUCAUCCCCACUGGCCAGAAACCAGUUCACCUGCACAGGGGAUCAAGACACUGGUGCCACCUUCCUUGGAAAGAAGAGACACUUAAGGCUAAAACUAAGUUCACUGAUUCCCAAGGUAUCACUUUCCUGUUUAUUUUUCAUAUAACAUUAAGAAGAAUCUGAAGAAAGCAUUAGAAAAAGAAGAGUGCAUGUGAAGCACUGGAUUCUGAUAUCAGGAGAACAUAAGUGAUCUCAUCAAUGGCCUUGGGGACCUUCUGCACUCGACCUGGGGCCAUGUGUCCAUCACUUUCUGCCAUCCAAAUCAGGCAGCAUGUGCCCAUUCUUCUCCCCUGGUCAAUACUCUCUCAGCUUAGUUUCAGGUCCCUUUCAUCUCAUAAUUAGGUAUGAUCCAAACUGUGCAUAAUUAUACUUAAUGUUAUCUAAGGAAAUAGAUCCAAUCCUCCCAUCCAACUACCAAAAGCAAAUAAAAUAUUGCCUAAUAUAAUGUGUAUUUCUGUAAAAGUAAUCUGGGUUUUUUGGUUUUGGUUUUGGUUUUGGUUUUUGGCAAAACAUAGUUUUAAGAAUCCACUCAUCUAAAGUAUUUUACAUAUAGUUAGAGAUUUCACAAUAUUAACUAUGCAUAUAUUUAAAAUAUAAAGUAUCCAGCUGAUGUUUGUAGUAUUUUUCUGGCCACCUGAUAGUUCUGUUUUUUAAGCUAGGGAGUUGACUCAUUUAGCAAAAGAUGCCUAGCUUUUAUAAAAGGACAAGCAUUUCAUUUUAUAAAGACACUCCAACUGAUGGUUAUUUGAUUUUCUCAAGACCUUUAACUGUGGCGAUAAAAUAACAGGCCUUGCUUUCAAGCCUUAACAAACAUAAAAUGCCUUUUAAUAAAGAUAUAGCUGAGUGUUUUCCUCAUAACUCUGAACCAGUUAUAAAUAUGUUUCCCAGUCUUGAUUGGUAUUGACUGAUUUAAAUAAAGUUGGUUUAUUUUCAAAUAUUA